AUGAACAGCAGCAUUCUGGCGCUAGUAGUGACACAGUGUGUCUUCGCUACCUGCUACUCCUAUGUCACCUCAACCGAGUACUGGUCCGCUUUGCAGACUACUGUCGACAGCAAGUUAUCUUUAGGACCCCUUUAUGGCGAAUUUAUCGCCCCACGCAUGGGAGAUAUCGACAGCGAUCAUGUCGCUCUUCAAGCCCGAGACGCAACGGUUACAGACACCACGACGGCAGCGACAACGAGUACAACUUCAACCACGACUAGCACCACUACAUCGAGCACAUCAACAACUUCCUCAGAUACAACUAAGACCUCAACCACGACUUCAACUACGUCUUUGACCAUAUUCACUUCCACUACGUCAUCCAUUUCCACUUCAUCAACCAUCACAUCAGCAUCAACGACUAGUAUCUCAACCACGACAAGCACUUCUACCUCCAUGACAAGCACGGCGUCGGCAACAAGUUCCGCGAGAGCCGAACUGGCCGAAUGGAAUCGCAAAGGAAAUAUCACCGCUAUCGUAUUUUCAGUCUGCUUGAUAUCCCUGUUCAUUGGGAUUAGCAUCGGGUUCUGUGUAAGCGACAAGGCUAGGAAAAAGCGCAUCGCAGCAAGGGAACUGUUGAAGUCAAACUCCACUAUAUCAACCGAGCCAUUAGUUCCUUUUAGGUUGGCUUCUUCGGGGGAACGGUCGUCAUUGAUGUCCAAGGACAACCCGCUGAGGGAUACCCCUCCUCAAACAGCUCACAGUGAAGACAAUAACUGGGCGCAGACCCCUGGGAUAAUUUCGCAAUCGGAGAUUGGAGAAGAUGGGGGUAUGGAUGCUGGAAACGGUCGAAAUAGGAAGCCUGUGUCUUUGGUCUGA